CAAGUCACAUUUCAACAUGUUUCCCUAUGUUUGUGAGGACAUUUUCAAACAUUUGGCUUCUAACAAGAGAUGAACCUGUAAACUGAACACACAGAGAGAGAGAGAGAGAGAGAGAGAGAGAGUUGGGAAAGAAUGAGAGGAGGAGGUCUGGAGUGGAGAGUGAGCGCAAAGGGGCAGGACUCUCUCUCUUUCUCUCUCUCUCUCUCUAUUUCUUUCUCUCUCUCUCUCUCUCUCUGGUGCUUUUAAGAGGAAACUUUGUGUUUUGUUCUUCAAGUUCACUUUAGUUCUCGCUGCACUCUCGUGGUGUUUUCUUUGCCUUCGUGUAUUUAUUUCACUGACUCGUGAGAUGCGCACCGGGACUAAUGGAUCAGUCCGCCUCUGUUUGCUGGAAUUCUUCAUCUUAAAGCUGGAUUUCGGAUUGUAAUGUUUCCAAAAGUUUUCAUGAACUACAUGGAAUAAUAAUGUGGCAGAUUGUUUUGUUGUGCUGCGCUCUGGACGGUUCCUUUGCGUUCAGCGCGUUCCGUCCACCUGCGAACGCGUCUCUCCUCACACCUGCCCAGCGGAGCGACGGCGUCGUGCGGACUGUGGAUCGGAUUUAUCACGGGGGAGGAAAAGCCGGGUACCUUCUGUACAUGGACGAGCAGCGCUUUCUUCUGGAUAUGGAGCGGGACGAGUCGGUACUGUCUCAUCACUUUGGUUCGAACGCGAACGCGCCGCCAAUGCGCCGGGAAUGCGUUUACCGCGGCACCGUCAAUUCAAACGCGGAGUCUCUUGCGGUUUUCAAUCUGUGCGGCGGUGGACUUGAUGGGUUUUUCGCGGUUGAUCACGCCCGGUACACAAUCACACCGCUCAUCCGGGCGAAGGGCCACGAGAAUGACGUGCACAUCGUCGAGGACGCCGACGCGACGCGUGCUCUCCACUAUUACACCCGGGAACGCUUCAGUUUCGAAGAGAUGCCCGCGCGACACAGCUGCGGCACGCGUGACCGAAAAACUCGCAGGGAUAAAAAGCGGAGCGCACGGGGGAAGCGGAAACGCGAUGAGGACGCGCGCGGACGCAGAUGGUGGACAAAGUUUGCGAAGCCCGACGCUUCGCUGACGCGACGCAGGAGGUCCGUGUCUCGCGCGCGGCACGUGGAGCUGCUGCUGGUCGCGGAUGCGUCCAUGACGAAGAAAUACGGGAAGGACCUGCAUCAUUACCUGUUGACGCUCGCGUCCAUCGCGUCCAAACUCUACGGUCACGCCAGCAUCGAGAACCCCAUCCGCCUGUCGGUGGUUAAAGUGGCGAUUCUGUCCGAGAACGAGAAGGGGAUCGAUGUGUCCAAAAACGCCGCCGCGACGCUCAAGAGCUUCUGUAAGUGGCAGAAUCAGCAGAAUCCGCUGGAUGACGAUCAUCAGCAUCACCAUGACGCGGCGAUCCUCUUCACCAGGCAGGAUCUGUGCGGUCAUCACUCGUGUGACACUCUCGGCAUGGCUGACGUAGGCACCGUAUGUUCUCCAGAGAGGAGCUGUGCCAUCAUUGAGGACGACGGCCUUCAUGCAGCAUUCACCGUGGCACAUGAGAUCGGGCACCUGCUGGGUCUGUCCCACGAUGACUCGAAGUUCUGCGAGGAGCGCUUCGGCUCCACUGAGGACAAGCGACUGAUGUCGUCCAUCCUGACCUCCAUCGACGCGUCCAAACCCUGGAGCCGCUGCACAUCCGCCACCAUCACGGACUUCUUCGACGACGGCAAUGCCGAGUGUUUGUUGGACGUCCCUCGUCUGCCUCUUCUGGGUCCCGAGGAGCUUCCCGGUCAGAGUUAUGACGCCGUGCAGCAGUGCCGUCUAGCCUUUGGCCCCGAGUACACCAUGUGUCCCGGGAUGGACGUGUGCGCCCGCCUGUGGUGUGCCGUCAUUAGGAAGGGCCAGAUGGUGUGUCUGACCAAAAAACUGCCCGCUGUUGAAGGAACGCCGUGUGGGAAGGGAAGAAUCUGUCUGCAGGGGAAAUGUGUGGACAAGACCCGAAAAAGACACUACUCGACGUCUAACCACGGCAGCUGGAGCUCCUGGGGUCCAUGGGGUUCGUGUUCCCGUACCUGCGGCGGCGGCGUCCAGUUUGCUCAUCGUCUCUGCAACAACCCCCCUCCCCGAAACAACGGACGCUACUGCACCGGAAAGAGAGCCGUCUACAGGUCCUGUAACAUCACGCCAUGCCCUACAGCCAGUAAGAGCUUCAGACAGGAGCAGUGUGAGGUGCGGAACGGCCCUCAGACGGAUCCUAAAGGAGUGAAGACCUUCGUGGAAUGGGUGCCGAAGUUUGCCGGCGUUCUUCCCAAAGACAUGUGCAAGCUCACCUGCAGGGCCAAAGGGACGGGAUACUAUGUAGUGUUCGCACAGAGGGUGGUUGAUGGGACGGAGUGCCGGCCGUACAGCAGUUCAGUGUGUGUGAAAGGGAAGUGCGUUCGCACUGGCUGCGAUGGGAUCAUCGGCUCUAAACUUCAGUACGACAAGUGUGGCAUUUGCGGUGGCGACGGAAACAGCUGCAUCAAAGUGGCUGGAAAUUUCACCAAGAAGAGUAAGGGCUACACUGAUGUGGUGAAGGUCCCCGAGGGUUCGACACACCUUAAGGUCCGGCAGUACAAAGCAAAGGGCCAGUCGCGCUACACGGCGUACCUCGCCCUGCGGCGGCCCGGAGGAGAAUACCUGCUGAACGGGAAGUUCAUGAUCUCCACGUCCGAGACCAUCGUCCCCCUCAAAGGCUCGGUUCUCAACUACACCGGCUGGAGUCAGCGGGACGAGGCCCUUCACAGCAUGGGCCCCGGGGCCCUUCAGGAGAGCCUGCUGGUGCAGAUUCUGGCCACGGACUCCAAGAAACCACUAGACAUCCGCUACAGCUUCUUCAUGCCCCGCAAAACACCGCUUCCACCUCGGACAUCUGCCGCAGCUUCGGGCACCGCCGCGGCUUUGUCAUCGGCGGAGUUGGUGACGUUUACAACUGAGGUUCCUCCUCCGACAACGACUGAGCCUCCUCUUCCGACGACGACACCCGUGGGGCCACGCUGGGUGACGGGAUCGUGGAUGACGUGCUCCAGAACUUGCGAUACGGGUUGGCAAAGUCGCACAGUUCAGUGCAAAGACCCUCAAGGGAAGCUGGCCAAGAGUUGCCCGCUCAGCACCCGGCCGCCGGCCUUCAAACACUGCCUGAUUAAAAAGUGCUGAGGACGUAGAGCACGUAGACUGAACCCUCGUGGACAUGCAGUUGCAUUUGUAUAAGUGCUCGAAACACAAUCACUGUGGAUUCUGCACAUUUUAUGACUUGGACAAGGAGCUUUGGCUUUAGCCUUGAAUGUGGCAACGUGUGACCACACCCCCUUGACAAAGCCACACCCUCUGGUCCAUAUGACACGCCCCUUGAGUUCACACUGGCAGUCAUUUAAAUGUUACUGUAGUGUUUGAUGGGUAACACUUUACAAUAAGGUCCAUUAGUUAACUUUAGAUAAUGCAUUAACUAACAAUAAGCAAGACAUUUGGGUAGCACUUUAUGUUACAGUGUCCUUGUUACACGUUACAUGUAGUUACUAAAAAUUACAUGCAACUAACCCUAAACCAUACUUAAUCCUAACCCUAACCCCAUAGUAAGUACAUGUAGUUAAUUAAUAUUACUCAGUACUUAAAUGUAUAAUUACACUGUAACAAGGACACCUUAAAACAAAGUGUAACCUACAUUUGUUACAGUAUUUAACGUCUGUUAAUAAAAAUACAACUGUUCAUUGUUAGUUCAUGUCAGACACAGCUUUUGAUUUUAUGAUUAACAUUAAGCUUUAGAAGUAUUUUUCAUUUAUGGUGACUAAUGUUUACAAAUGGAACCUUUUUGUACAUUGUUACCGUUUGAUGUUACAAUCAGUUCUGGUAACACUUUAUUUUAAGGUGACUUAGUUAAACGUUACAUGAACUUACUAUAUUAACAACUGUAAAAUAUGCAUAAUUACAAGCAACUAUCCCUAACCUUAACCCUAGAGUAAGUACAUGUAGUUAAUUAAUAUUACUCAGACCUUAUUUGUGUACUGUAACAACGUCACCUUAAAAUAGUGUAACUGCCAUUCCAAAUCGACCGUAGAGCUGCACGAUUAAUCGCGUUUUAAACACGAUUUCUGCUACUUUUUAUUAAUUAAGCAUAAUUUUCUGCAAUAUUAUAAAUCCAAACAUGAAUCUUGUGGUUGCUGAAUAAAUCUGCAACCUCUGUGUGACAAUACAAAGUCUUUUUGUUGUUGUUUUAAUAGUAAAAUGUAAACGUAAUUUGGAAUUAUAGGAAUUAAUGUUAGGAAUUUCACUGGUUUGCUUUUGAGAGAAGCUUUUUUAAGGUUCUACCAGUUUUCAUAAUGUAAAAUAGACCCUGCAAAUAUAUAUAUAUAUAGAUACAUAUAUUCUGAUUAAAUUUCGCAAAUGAAAACAAUCAUGAUUGAAGUCUCGAUUAUGAUUUUCGAACAAAAUAGUGGUGAUUCUCAGAUUAUCGUGCAGCCCUGCUCAACUGCGAUAUGCAGCUGUAUCAGUCUGCGCUCUCACUGGUAGUCACUGCAUUACAUCACAGCUCAUUUGCAUGAAGCUAAACUGAGUUAAACUUGGUUUGCUUUCACUGAACUUUCACUGAAAAUGACCGCCCAAAGUAAUUUUUGCAAAUCGCUGUCAGUGUGAACAUCUCAUUAAGGGUCUAGAAUACCCUAGGGUCAGGAAUAGAACGGUCAAUCUCAUAAGGGUUUUCAAUGAAGUCUAUGACUGAUGGUUUGUUCCUGAGCUGAUUUUCAGGGUUUUUGAGCUGAUGUUGAACACAUUGCUCCAUGUUUAUGUCCGUUUGAGUCUUAAACUCCCCCAAUGAACUGGUCUUCACUUCUUUGUUAUGGAAAAAUGAAAUAGGGCUCUGUGAUUUAAAUGUGUGUGUGUCAUUUUCUCUGUUCAGGGCUCGAGGUGCUCUGGAACGACACUGUGUGCCCUCGAUACUCGCAAUAACGCCAGCCGAUCGCGCUGUUUACAUGUUUGUGUGGUUUAGAGGAAUGUUCUGGUUCAAAAUAAGUUAGUAACACUUUACAAUAAGGCCUUAUUUGUUAACAUUAAUUAACUAAAAUACAGUUGUGCUUUGUGUAUAUCACAGUUCAUUAACAAAUGCAAUUUUUAAUUUUAAAAAAUAUAUUAGUAAAAGUUGAAAUUUAACACUAGCUAUGUUUCCAUCUACCUAUUUUUAUGCGCAUUUUGGGAUAUCACAUAAAAAAUGAACAAUGAAUUCUAAAAAUGCACAUUAAAAAUAGAAAAAAGUGGACCAUGGAUCACAUCACAGCAUCUCAAAUGUUGGUUUGGUGGUUCUGAAACGUCUGAGUCAAAGUCUGUCAUCAGAAUGAUUUGGUUUAAAAGUCUUUUUUCUUGGGAAUAUCCCGGACGAGCCCCCAGCUGUCAUUUAUGAUGGAGGAAAAAAGAGCCCGAUUGCAGCAACUUACAUUUUUAUUACUGAUAUUUUGCACCAGUUUCCCAAUGUUUUAUGCGAUAUUCCAAUAUUGUGCACAAGUUAAAUUCGCAACUUUGGAUGGAAACAUAGCUAUUAACCACACUCUUAAAGAUAAAGGUACUUGUCAUUCUUUGGUUCCAUGGAGAAACUUUAACAUCCAUGGAACCCUUCCGUCGCACAAAAUAGUGGGAAAAGGUUCUUUAGAUUAUCAAAUGUUCUUCACACUAAGAAAAGAUGUUCUUUUAAGAACUUAAAACCUUGAAACUUAAGGGUGUUUAAACUACUUCAAACUUUCUGGUCUGGCUUUCUCAAGCCAACUUCAAAGUUUGUUUAGGAACUUUACUCAUCUAGUUAUUCAUUGUUAGCUCAUGUUAACUAACUAAAUGUAACCUUAUUGUAAAGUGUUACCACAGCAUCUGUGACACGAUUAUCAUAGAAAAUAAUUAGUUAACACUUUAAAUGGACGUCUAUGGGGCAGGACAUUUACACAGGGUUAAUGCAGAAAAAACCUUAUAUACUGAUUGCUAUGUACAGAAAUGUGUUAUUUGAACCAUAAUGGGCCGUUUUUUUGUUUGUUUGUUUUUCAUUCCACCUCACUGCUUUUCCAUUGUUUUCCAUGUGCUUCUUCUUGCGUUUUUAAAUGUAAAAUCACUUUUUUGAGUGAAUGGCCCCUAAUGCUUCUGGCUGAUGAACUUUUAAACAGGAGUUUAAUUAUAUAAGUUUGCACAGAUGAGGUGAAAUGUUUAACAUGCUUCAUGUUUAAGUCUUGUGGCGAUGUGUUUGUAUUUUAACAUGUAUUCUGACAUAAUGUCUUGCCCCAUUGACUUCCAUUGUAUGUGUGUUACUGUAAACCCAACAUUUGAAGCUGACCAGAACAUUGCUUUAAAUCCGUUUACACCUCAGUUCAACCUUCAUUUCUCAGACCGUGAGACACUGAACCUGAAUUAACAAUGUGUUUCCAUGCUUCAGUCUUAUUUACAUAUGCAAACGCUCAUGCAAAUGAACAGCACUUGUCAGAUAUGUGAUUCAUAUGGUGUUAUUAUGACCAGCAGAAAGUCAACAUGAAAUCAACAGUGACUUUAUUUUGAACGAUGCAUCUGUGACGUUAUUCUAAAUUGUCAUAAUAAUAUUCCAGAAUAAUUUUACACGCUUUUUCUCAGUGAAUACCCUGGAAAUGCAUCACAUUACAGAAGUGCAAAUGCACAUCAGUGUUCACUUUAAACCUGCUGAAGUUGUUAUUCAGUGUGUUUUCAAGAUUUCAUCUCUCUUCUCCAUGUAUGCAGUACUGUUUUACCGUCUCAAUGGGAAAUGGCCGUUUCACUGAAAAUACACAGCACUGAUUUUUAUAAUUUAUUGUUUGUACAACUGGUAUGUGAAAAAAAGAAAACACAUGAUGAAUUUAUUUAUUGUUAUGGUCAUUUUGUCUCAUAAAUACUAUUUAACUAGAAAUAUGAGUGAGCAGAAUAGUUCAUUUUGAAGAAAAUUGUUUUUUAGCCAUCUUCAUGAAUAUAUGUGUAUAUAAAACAAAGCGCUAUAUUUAAAAGUUUGCAUUUUAUUGAUUCAUUUGUUACCAAUGUCCUUUCACUGUUUGUUUAGUUCACCAAAAAAUAAAAAUUCUGUCAUUUACUCACCCUUAA